GUUUGUUUUGAUCCCCGGCAAAGUGGGGGUUGUUUUCCCUGCAGUAGUACACACACAGAGGCACACGCGGAGAACGGCACGGCACGUGAAUAUUGGCCAGAGGACGAAAGAAAAGCGGUGGAAAACUGGUCCCCCUCCAUCUCGUGCACACGCUACUGAAACAAAGCAACUCAGAAACAAUAGUGGGAAGUGUGUUGGUGUUUACGCGGUCCGUGCAUUCGCCAAGUGUGCCAGCAUAGCCGGCUUGGAAAAACCAGGACGACGACACCGCCGCACACACUCCGCGUGCUGUUUGAAAAAGGUGGCCAUAAAGCGACUGAUUUGCCCCACCAUGAUAACGUUCCGACUGUCGAACAGCGUUUACGCGUACGUGGGCUACCUGCUGCUGAUGGUGUACUUCCUGUGGCCGGGCCGCUUCGCCAGCCUGUACGAGUACAUCGAGGGCGAAAACAUCUACGAUCAGCUGAUACGCAAGACGACGAAAAACAUCUCGCUGAUGCGUAACGGGUUGCGGUGCGACUACAGUGAGGUCAUCGAGGAGAAUCUGUCCCUCUACCGGCCCCCGUACACCGAGGACAUCAUCAACAACAAUGUGCGGCUGGGCGGAGAGUACUAUCCGGAGGAUUGCCUGCCGAGCUUCAGCACGGCCAUCAUCGUGCCGUACCGGCAGCGCGAACGGCAGCUCAACCAGUUCCUCAUCUACAUGCAUAACUAUCUGCGGAGGCAGCGCAUUCACUACCGCAUCUUCGUCAUCGAGCAGUACGACCCGAAACCGUUCAAUCGGGCGAAGCUGUUCAACAUUGGCGCAAUGAUUGCGAUCGGAUUCGACUACCCGUGUCUGGUGCUGCACGACGUCGACCUGAUGCCGAUGAAUCUGGGCCAUCUGUAUGCGUGCUCGCGCAAACCGCGCCACAUGUGCUCGAGCCUGGACGAGUUCCGGUACAAUCUGCCGUACCGGGGCCUGUUCGGCGGGGCGGUAGCGAUCGAAUCGAGCGUGUACCUCAACGUCAACGGCAUGUCGAACAUGUUCAGCGGCUGGGGCGGCGAGGAUGACGAUCUGUACGGGCGGCUGCAGAACAAGCAGAUCGAAAUCUGUCGCUUCAGCCCAACGUACAGCCAGUACUCGAUGCUGAAGCACCGGAAGGAAACGCCGAACAAGGACCGGGUAGCGUUUCUCCGGAACGGCAAGCAGCGCUACCACACGGACGGGUUGAACUCGCUCGUCUACAAGCAGGUCGGCUUCAAGCUGCACAACCUCUUCACGCACGUGCUGGUGGAAACUUAAGUUAGGGAAGGGAACAGUGAAGGUUAGGCGUUAGGAAGGAUUGUGUUUUGGUGACAGUUGGAAGUUUUUGCGGGAAAUUCUCGUUCACUGCUCCUACUACUAGUUCCGUUUCCCGUAGGUGUUCAGUUGCAUUCCUUAGCAGCGAUAGGACACAAAUGCAUGCACAACGAUGUAUUAUUUAGUGUUUAGUGAUUUUAGCGAAGCUUUAUUAGUUGUUUCAUGGUUUUAAGCAGUCCGUUCGUUUGUUUUGCUACGUUUAAUCGCUUAUUAUGAUAGUGCAGGUCGAUGGAGAAGUAAGCAAAUAUUGCCUUAAUAACGACAAAGAAAAAGAACGACAUUAAGCAGCGCAUAAUGUUGGAUCGCAAACGUUUUACAAUUAAUUCACGCGCUACUAUUAGCUCCCACAGGAAGCAGAGCAGGGGAUGAAACAAGCAAUACCAAAAAAAGGGAAGAAGAAAUGGAAGCUAACAUUAUUAAAUGCUCCUAAGCAAACGAGCGCAAUUACAAAACACGUGGCGUGUGUGUGGUUCGAUGAGCAAAUCGAAGAGCACGUGUUUGGUUGAGUUUUUCCAAAAUAGCAACACACACACACAUACACACCGUUUGUGCUAGCAAAUUACGAGCGCGACUAGAGAUAGAGAACUUUUUCCUAUUUAUUAAUACACCCCUUCCCAGUAGGGUAGCGCACUAGGGCGAGCUAGGGCGAAAGUUACUAGAAAUUAAACAAACAAACAAAAAAAAAACGAAAGAAAAAUCAAACAAAAAAUACAACCUUAAAAAUGCAUAGUUUGUAAGUAGGUACACAGUUUUACAAAUUCCAAUUGAAGAAGCAAAAGAGAACAAAAGCAAAACACCUUAAAAGAGCAUAUAGACUCUUACCCCCCAAUACACACACCAAACAAAAAGAAAAAGAACAAAAUGCGAAAAAAAGAGUAAAAGGUAAUGACCCUUCUCUUAUCUCCGUUUUUUUGCACUCAUUAGCAAAAGCACGACAAAAAGUGAAACAUACAACAACAAAUUUUGCUGCGUGAUAUGAACAGAACACAAAGGUCGGGGGGAAACAAACAUUCAAAGGUGCAAGAUUUUUAGGAUCGCAAUUAAGUUAUAACAAUUUCGAAAUUACCGUACUAAAAACUAAGCAGCGAGCAAAGUAGGGGAGUGCAGGAGAAAGAAAAAGGGCUGCUGUUAGAAAUUUGAUCGCAGUUUUUAGACUCGUACUUAGCAAAAGAAACAAAAACCAAACUCAAUAAAUCAAAUUCUACUUAA